UCACAGACCCACACGGCGAACGCCGUCUGCUUUACGCUAGUGAGCGCGGACACCUGGCACAGGAGGCUUGGACAUCUCAAUGCUCGGAGCCUGGACAUCCUUCGGAAGGACACGGGUACCGGGGUGGACUAAAGCCGACAGUCUCUCCCCUUGCGGGGUCUGCCAGAUCGCGAAACACAAGCAGUCCCCCCACCCGAAGCAAUCGACUCGCGAACUAUCACGGCCUGGACAGCUUGUGGUCAUCGACAACAUGGGGCCUGUUAAUCCACCUGCGAAAAAUAAAGGAGGCUUCUUCCCGUACGAGUGCAAGAUCACCGACGACUACACGAAGAUGAAAGAAGUGUACCUGCUUCGCAAGAAAUCUGACACGACCGAGGCGGUGCACACGUACAACAUGUGCGUCGCAGCGGCAGGAGGCUACCUGAUCGAGACCAUCCGCUGCGACAAGGGAGGCGAGAAGACCGGAUCCGAAUUUCGGGACUACUGCAAGAAUUCAGCUAUCAAGCUCGAAUACGCCGCCACCAACACCCCGCAACAAAGUGCUGUAUUGGAACGGGACGGCCAAUCCCUGGCCGGAGUCACCCGGUGUCUUCUGAAGGAUGGAGUUUUUCCGCCGUCCAUGUGGGGGGAGUUAAUGCUGACUGCAGCAUACCUGUUGAACAGGUCCCCACACUCAGCACUGGGAGGAGCUACGCCAUACUCGAAGUUGCACAAAAAGUCACCUGAUCUCUCGGGACUUCGGGUCAUUGGAGCGCGCACCUUCGUACACCACGACAGAUACCGGAAGAAGCUGGACGACAGAGCUUUCGAAGGCAAGCUAUGUGGUUUCGGCCUCGACAGCCAGACCUACCGGGUAUUGAAUCCAUCCAACGGGGCNAUCAGGGCUUUCGAAUGA